AGUUUCAGGGAUCUCAAAUUCUUUGAGAUCCCAAAUUGUUCCAAAGUUUGUGAGGUUGAACAGGACGCGUAGUGGACUCGUGUCGGCGACGUGAGGGACCAUGUCGCGCCGGUGCUGCGUGAAAGGAUGCCCCGGCGGAAUCGCAACCGAAAGCACGCUGCUGCACAGGUUCCCAAAAUCUGUGCCAGAGAAGGCGGCCUGGCUAGCUGCAAUUCCUGAACGACUUCUCGAAGGCUUUGGACCUAAGUCCUUUAUUUGUUCCCGACACUUUGUCGACGAAGAUUAUGAGGUCAGUCCAAGCGUAUCUAGAGCGUUGGGGGUUAAAAUGGUACCUCGGUUGAGGCGUAGUGUUGUACCGACGAACUUCCCGCAGCAGGUCACACCACGCCAAGCAAAGCGCCCAAGACUAGAGGAAUCUCCGGGUGACAGCGCUGCUCCAGGACUAGCUACUCCCGACCAGUCAGCAAGCUUGGCAGCUGGGCCAACUCAUGAAUGUCAGGGUGAGGAGAUACCAUCUCCAAAUACUACUUCAAAGGAUAUCCACUUGGUUGUUGUGGUGCCACGCACUGAGCUCUCUACAAGCAAGCCACCACUGGAUUCCACAGCCAGAAGACAAAUGGGAACUGUAAGAGCGACACAGACUGACAUGCUGACAGAGUUCAAGGUUCUAGUCAGCCGUGGCACUCAGACUGAUUACAUGCGGACAUCUUCGCCUGCCGCACUGGAGAUCUGUCCCUUUGACUUUGGACCAACAUCACCUGUUCCAUUUAUCGAUCCGGCAUAUCAGGUUCAGCCCACAGAGGAACCGCAGCCUCAAGUGGAACCUGGGCCAGCCACACUGGCAGGAAUUGACUGGUUGUUCUGUGAAACGGAACAAGACAUGGAGGUAGAGCUGCCUUCAGAGAUAAAACUGCCCUCGGAGCUACCUGGAGACGACUUCCCCACUGAAGGAGAUUGCUGCCUUGAAGCCGACCCUGCCUUUGAGGAUGGCCUCCCCUCAGAAGCAGACCCGCCCUCUGAAGGUUACCUUUUCUCUGAAGCCGACCCCCCUUCUGAAGCAGAGCCAUACGAUGCCGCAGAUGACACAUACUACCCCUCGGAAGAAGACAGCAUUAACAGGUCUGCAGGCAAAAGCACAGCUCCGACACCCGACAAGGAAAGGAAAUAUAUAAUCUAUGAAGGAUCCUUGUUGGUGCUGUUCAAGUUUUGUAGAGAGUGCCACAAGCCCUGCACAGCGGAACUGCAUCCUGACGGCACUUGCCUGACAGUGACCACGCAGUGCCAAGAUGGACAUGUCAGGAAGUGGACAAUUCUCUUCAGUGGGGCAAGCCCUGUUGUAACACUGAGGAUGCUGCGGCACAUCAACAUUCAAGUCAUCUCCGACCGCACCUACUACAGAUAUCAAAAGCAUUAUCUUCUGCCUUCAAUAGCCAGGGUCUGGAACGCCGAGCAGGAAUGCAUCCUUGAGGAGAUGAGAAGUGCAGGAGGCGCCCAUUUAUCGGGUGAUGGACGUUGCGACUCCCCCGGAUUUAGCGCUAAGUAUGGCACAUACAGCUUUUACUCCAACACCCUGAACAAGAUUGUGCACACAGAGCAAGUUCAAGUUGGUGAGGUGAACAAUUUUAUUCAUUCAUCUGUGUUCCAGCCUCCACGUUAG